UGUCUUUCAGGCUAUAUUACAAAUGUAAAAAUUCGUUUUGAUAGCUAUCUAGUAGGCUUACGUUAACUCUAAACCUACUAAAGUAUAAUUUUAAAAGAAAAAACUGGAUUUUGAAGUAAAUAACUUUAAAAUCAUGGCUACCUGUAAGACCAGGCACAGGGGAGAGGUUUUAGACUUCGCGGGUUAUUUAUAAAUAGUCAACGGCGCCAUUGUUUCUGUAAGAAUGAUUUUAAGUUUGAUGAAAAUAGCUCAUCCACUGACUUAUAUUUACACAGUAGAGUGUUCCUUCAGUAGUUCCAGAACGGGGUGGACAUUAACAUAUUCAAAAGGUCGAGUAAAUAAGCCAAUAGUUGGAAAAGACAGGAAAGCUACCGUUAGCUGUUAACUUCAGCAUCGACAGAUGAGGGAAUCGUCGUUGCGGUUUUAAACACUGAUACCUGGCAGACAAAAAUGGAGCAACCGUACCGGACUGGGGUUACUAAGAGGAUUACCAAGAAGAAACUGGAAUACUUUACAGGAAAGCAAAGUUUGCCUAAUGGAGUCGGAGAGACUUUCACAUAUGAGGAUGUCAGCAAGUUUGAUGAUGAAGUGUGUGCACCUGAGCCAAACCUACAAUUAGUGUUGCUGCAGAGUUCUGUUUCUGAAACUCUUCACAGUGAGGAGUCCAUUUCUCCGGCUUCACAUAAAGACCUCCCAGCUGCAAAACCUUCAGAACCCCAUAUCUCCUUGCAUGGUCAAGAUCCCAGUGAACUUGUCCCAUUCGACAUACAUGAGCCAAUGAAGACUUCCAGUCCCAUAAUACAAAAUAUGAUCAAAAGGACCAGAGAGAAGCAGGACGAGAAUGAGAAUGAGGAUCUUACUGUGACACCGAUUUUCUUUAUCAAUGAGGAUGAAGAAUCUCACCCAGACGCCGUAGCCACUCACAAACCUCAGUGCAAUGGACAAUCCACCGAAGAGAUUGAUGAACUGGACUCUCCUCCGAGCCGGAUUACAUUGACCAAGGUGUUCAGUCACAAAGCAAAGCUUAAUAUUCCAAGCAAGGGUGAAAACAUCAAGAAAUCUGUCGUAGAAGAGCCUAAAGUUGUUUCUCCUACAAAACAGUCCAAAUGUGUCUCCAGCCAGCCACCUGCACAUAUCUUUCCUGGUGUGAGAAACGACAUGGCAAGUUUCAUGAACAAGCUUCUGGCAAGAAAAUCUGAACUCUCACAGGCCCAGAAACCUCCAGUCAAAGCGCCUCCUCCUCUUCCUCCUUUGGAGCCUGACGAUGACUUUUUAAUUCUGGAAGAUGAUGCACCGCUUAAGUUUUCUUUUCCAAAGAAAAAUGUCUCGACUGCGAGAAAGAAGCUGAGUAAGAGCCCUAGCUCUAAUAAAGAGAGUUCAACAGACAAAGAGACAAAAGAUUGUCCUGUGGAGGUUCCAGAAAAACAAAAAGAGGCAGAAAUAGCCAUCAGCAAACCGGACAGUCAGGCUGUUGAUCAGAGGAAAAAGAAAAAGAAAGGCAAAGAGAAAAACCCUGAGGUGGUCAUUUCUGCCGAUCACAAAGGGGAUUUACUCAGUCACCAGGAACUACCUGCAGGCGACCCGAUGGAGCAGGAAAAACCAAAGAGUAAAAAACAAAUGAAGAGAGUUUCAUCAGCACAGAGCGAUAAGACAGAAGAUCGGCCCAAAGAUAAAACAAUCGUGCAACCAGACAAAGAAGCACCGGCCGAGAAGAAAACUGGAACGAAAGAACACAAGUCUACCAAGAAGAAGAAUUUAAAAGAUAAGAAGGAAAAUACUCCAAAGGGUGGAACAAACUCUUUAAAAGAGAAGAAAAAACAGCCGGCAGCUGUGAAGGAACCACAGCAGGAUGAUUUUUCUAGAGAAAAAGGCCAGAAGCACAGUGUUCAGGAGGCAGCAGCUACUGAUGAGCUGAGGGGCUUUACAGACAAAGACACAAAAUCAAAAGAGGAUGAAGAGGCCAAGCAAGACGAAAAGUCAACUGGAUAUAAAAGCAGUUCAUCAGAAGAUUUUCCGAUUUUAAGGAAAAGAAAGAAGAAGAUGCCUGGUGAAUGGUGGAUAAGCACUCCUCAGAGCUCAGACAAAGCAGCAGACAAUUUAAACUUCAAAAUGUCCAAACAGAGAACAGAAGAGUCCAGCAUAGCGAGUCCUUCCACCUUAAAGAACAAAGACAAAAUUUACUCAAGAAGAAACCCGAUAGAGCCCAAAAAUGUGUUCAGUGAUCAUACCAACAAAGCUAAAAAGAAUAAAGGAAGACAGACUAAAGGGCGAAAAGAGAAGAGAAAACAAACUGAAAAAAACAGUCCAGUUGAGGAUAAGCUUGAGGAGCCGCUGAUCCCUGAUCAGGAUCUGGAUCAGGAUCCAAGACCCUUUUCGUUUUCCAAGAGAGACCAAAGCCUCAACUCAGGAGGUGAACCAUUUCCAAAGGUUUAUCAUCACAUCCCCAAUAUUCAGAAAUCAGCCACAUCUACAGCCAGUCAGUCUCAGUCAGAGAAGCAGCUGGGGGAAACCGAAUCAAGAAAGCGGAGGAGGAAACCCCCAGUCGACUGGUGGGCGGUUCACUCAGAGGCUAAUGAUUUGGAAGUCUUAGCCCCACAGUCUCCCCUAAAGGAGCCAAAACAACAGAAAGGGAAGGAAAAACGGCCUAUAAGGGCACCAACCAGACCGGCUGUUCCCAGACAGGACAAUUCUGCAUCAAAGACAAAACGGAGAGCUCCAGAGAAGCCACGCUCUGCUCCAAAGACUGUCAAACGCUCUCUUGCAGACAUUUUCACUUCAGCCACAGAGACCCUCGCUGUGGCCACCAACAGAGACGCACAUCAGUUUAAGAGGCGUAACGUCACGUCCCAGCCCACAGAGGAGAACACUGACACCAGCCCUGCAAUGUGCAGCGGGCUGCAUGCAGGCGUACCCAGCGGAGCGGACGCUGAUGAAUGUUCCCAGUUGAUCCCACAGGAGAGACUGUGUCAGACUGAGCUCACGUCAAGAGUCCUGAGAAGUGGUCCUUCCUCCAUGAUCCAGCUGGAAAAAUAUGACGAUGAUGACAUGAAUCUUCCAUCAUCCAUAGUCAGAUCUGCGCUGUCUAUGGCUGAUUUUUGUGCCCCUCCCCUCAAACCGCUGACUUUACAUUCAACGGAUCAGAAAAAACUCCUUGAAUUGUUCCAGAGAAUCUGGUCCACAGAAGCCGAUGCAGGAAGUGCUACCAUCUCUCCUGACAUGUUUCAGUGGUACUUCUACCGGGACCAAGCCCUGGGUAUCCAGGUGGACAUCAACAGCAGCGCCGUCUGCUCUGGAAAGCUGAUCAUGGGCUCCUACAUGAAGAAACCACUCUGGGUGGAUCACAGUGCUACAACAAUAUUCAACUUAUUGACGAGCUCCGUGAGUGUUACAGUUGACAGCUGUGUCUCUCAUUACAAAGCCGGACAAGCUUUUAUGGUGGAGUCUGGACGAGCCUACAGCAUCCAGAAUGACAACUUGCAGCCAGCUGUUCUGUACUUUACGAGGAUGUUAGCAGAAACUUUAGACUGAUGAUUUAUGUAAUGUAUAUUCAAUGAUUAAAUGUCUGCUCAAUUGUCAAAGGUCUGAUAAUCUGAAUGAUUGAAAAUAUAGGCUGUAAAUGUAAAUGUUUUGUAUUUUUUGUAUAGAAAUUUCUUUCUAACUUGGAUUCUGCUUCAGCAGAACCAAAAAAAACAACAACAUAAAACAUUUCUCAGUAAAGUAGCAUUUAUUUUGGAUUUCUGUCUUCCUAAAUUGAACAUAAGGUACAAUGUCAGCUCUAAAAUGUUUAUAAAACCAUUUUGUAUUUUUAGUAUAUGUUUUUAUUAUGCAUUUUAUAUAUACUAGGAAGUGCAUAAGUGCAAACUGCUGGUUGUUUAUUUUGCUUUGCUUUAGCAAACCUUUAAUUUAAGAAAAUAAACUGUACAAAAAAGACAAAAGAAGAGAAAAGGCUGUGAAAGUGUUGCAGUUGAAAAAAAAAUCUAUACUUUGCAAAUUGUUGAAACAGAAAGGGGAUUUCAUCGCAAACAAAACAUACCAUUUAGUCAUAUUUUUAUAAAGGUCCUUUUUUUAAGCAGAAAAACUAACAAUCCACCUGAGUUUUACUCCUCUUCAGUGUAUAAAUAAAAGGGAAAUGAUUUUUGCAA